CAGUGCCCCUAGUUCAUUGGCCCUGCCAAUGGUUACCACCCGCUAUACCCCUAGGCUCUCCCUGGGGUCCCCACUGCUUCCAAAGUGGGAGGAAAAUGCCACCAAUGCGUUUGUGCCUAUGGUAAUGACCCAGUCAACCCUUCUGAUGACAUUUAUAGUGUUAAUUCCAACCCUGCCAGAAGACAGUGGGCUGUGUAGGCGCCAGGGGCAGGUCACAUUUCAGGCCGUCUUUCCACACGCCCCCCAACUCCUUCAGCCUCGCACACCCCUGAUGUGCGGUUUGCAUGUUUGCAAAAGGGGGUGAAAUUCAUUCCCUCGCUCUUUCUUCUUCCCUCCCUCCCUCCCUUUUCCUCUUCGCAACCCGGAAGAGCUCCGGUCUCCACAGUGAGCAGGGGACGGCGGAGGGGAGGGGGUUCCUAGGAGGAUGCACAGCACCCAGGUUUUACCUCUCGCUGGAAGCCCGCCUGAGAUGCGGUAAGCAGUUCCAGGGCGAGGGCGGCAGCGGCGGCAACAGUGGCGGACUCUGCCUGUCAUUCCUGCCUUCGGAUCUGCGGCGAGCCAAGAAAAAAUAAAAACCAGCUGGCCCUCGGAGCGCGCUGCCCAGGUGACCCGAGGAGAGACUCAGCCUCGGAGCCGCGGAGGAACCCGGUGCACAGGAGUCUUCCUUGCAGGAUUCCAGAGUCCUCGCCCCCUUUUACAAUUUGGCCCCUGUUAUCCUGCCGUACCUAGUUUUUGGAUUUUUUUUCCUUCCCUUUCUUCUCUUUGCUAACCCACCCCUCAAGGAUUUUUUCAAAGCCCUCUGGUUCGCUCACCUUUCCUUCCCAACCUUCCCAUUCCCCUACUGAGAGCGAAUCAUUAAGCGACCCCCGGCCCUCCGACGGCAGGAGCCCCCCCGACCUCCCAGGCCGACCGCCCUCCCUCUCCGCGCGCGGGUGCCCGGCCCGGCGAGAGGGCGCGAGCGCAGCCGAGCCAUGGAGGUGACGGCGGACCAGCCGCGCUGGGUGAGCCACCACCACCCCGCGGUGCUCAACGGGCAGCACCCGGACACGCAUCACCCGGGCCUCGGCCACUCCUACAUGGACCCGGCGCAGUACCCUCUGCCCGAGGAGGUGGAUGUACUUUUUAACAUCGACGGUCAAGGCAACCACGUCCCGUCUUACUACGGAAACUCGGUCAGAGCCACGGUGCAGAGGUACCCCCCGGCCCACCACGGGAGCCAGGUGUGCCGCCCGCCCCUGCUGCACGGAUCCCUGCCCUGGCUGGACGGCGGCAAAGCCCUGGGCGGCCACCAUACCGCUUCGCCCUGGAACCUCAGCCCCUUCUCCAAGACGUCCAUCCACCACGGCUCCCCGGGGCCCCUCUCGGUCUACCCCCCGGCCUCGUCGUCCUCUCUGUCCGGGGGCCACGCCAGCCCGCACCUCUUCACCUUCCCGCCCACCCCGCCCAAGGACGUCUCCCCGGACCCCUCGCUGUCCACCCCGGGCUCGGCCGGCUCGGGCCGGCAGGAUGAGAAAGAGUGCCUCAAGUACCAGGUGCCGCCGCUGCCCGACAGCAUGAAGCUCGAGUCGUCGCACUCCCGCGGCAGCAUGACCACCCUGGGGGGGGCGUCCUCGUCGGCCCACCACCCCAUCACCACCUACCCGCCCUACGUGCCCGAGUACAGCUCCGGACUCUUCCCGCCCAGCAGCUUGCUGGGCGGCUCCCCGACCGGCUUCGGGUGCAAGUCGAGGCCCAAGGCCCGAUCCAGCACAGAAGGCAGGGAGUGUGUGAACUGUGGGGCAACCUCGACCCCACUGUGGCGGCGGGACGGCACCGGGCACUAUCUGUGCAACGCCUGCGGGCUCUACCACAAGAUGAACGGACAGAACCGGCCCCUCAUCAAGCCCAAGCGACGGCUGUCUGCAGCCAGGAGAGCAGGGACGUCCUGUGCAAACUGUCAGACCACCACGACCACGCUCUGGAGGAGGAAUGCCAACGGGGACCCUGUCUGCAACGCCUGCGGGCUCUACUACAAGCUGCACAAUAUUAACAGACCCCUGACCAUGAAGAAGGAAGGCAUCCAGACCAGAAACCGGAAAAUGUCUAGCAAAUCCAAAAAGUGCAAAAAGGUGCAUGACACGCUGGAGGACUUCCCCAAGAACAGCUCGUUUAACCCGGCCGCCCUCUCCAGACACAUGUCCUCCCUGAGCCACAUCUCGCCCUUCAGCCACUCCAGUCACAUGCUGACCACGCCCACGCCGAUGCACCCGCCGUCCAGCCUGUCCUUUGGACCUCACCAUCCCUCUAGUAUGGUCACCGCCAUGGGUUAGAGGGCUGCUUGACGCUCCCCGGGCUCCACGCGGGAGCCCCCGAAGCCCCUUCGACUUGCAUUUGUGCAGGAGCAGUAUCAUGAAGCCCAAAGGCCAUGGAUAUAUGUUUUCGAAGGCAGAACGCAAAAUGAUGUUUGCCACUUUGCAAAGGAGCUCACUGUGGUGUCUGUGUUCCAACCACUGAAUCUGGGUCCCAUUUGUGAAUAAGCCAUUCAGACUCUCAUCCCCUAUUUAACAGGGUCUCUAGUGCUGUGAAAAAAAAAAUGCUGAACAUUGCAUAUAACUUAUAUUGUAAGAAAUACUGUACAUUUGAGGAAGACUUUAUUGCAUCUGGGUAGCUGUGAGGCAUGAAGGAUGCCAAGAAGUUUAAGGAAUAUGGGGGAAAAUAAAGUAUGGAGAUUAAAAAGAAACUAGGUCUGAUCUCCAAAUGGACAAACUGCCAGUUUUGUUUCCUUUCACUGGCCACAGUUGUUUGAUGCAUUAAAACAAAAAAAAAAAACCAAACAAAAAAAUAAAAAAAAAACAGAAAAAAGAGAAAAGCAAAAAAAAAAUAAAAAUAAAAAAGUCGUAGGCGAAUCAUUCGUUCAAAGCUGUGGGCCUCUGCAAAGGAAGUGUCUAUCAGUUCCGGGCAAUCAGUGUUAAUGCUCGCAAAUGCCAUCUGCCAUCGUUGGAUAGUCUUUCUCUAGGGCCUACAUGCUUUGUGAACAAGUCCCUGUAAUUGUUUGUAUGUAUAAUUCAAAGCACCAAAAUAAGAAAAGAUGUAGAUUUAUUUCAUCAUAUUAUACAGACUGAAUUGUUGUAUAAAUUUAUUUACUGCUAGUGUUUAAGAACUGCUUUUUUUUUUUUUCGAUACUUUUCCUUCUCUCUCAAUUUUUGGUUGAAUAAACUAGAUUAUAUUCAGUUGA